GUCACAAACAGGAAGGGAGAAGCUUCCAAUGUUUACGUUGUAGUACUAGGCUAACAACCCUUCAUCAGUCAUUUCAGUCACUGCCCCGAGGUUUCAUUGUGGAAGCAAUGAGUAUGGUUAGAAAGAGGACUAAGCAAGUAAGAUGUUGCUGACUGAUCUUUGAGGGAUUGUUGGUUUAUUUCCUUCAAAAUUUGGCCAUCAUCUUUGACAGUAUGAUGGAGUUGGACAAAGAAGAAGAGGGACAAGGCCAAAAUAUGGAACAGUCACAGGAGAACGAUGAACAGGGAGAUGAUGAGCAGGACGAUGGAACAGUUGUCCUUAACCUAUCAGAUGACUGUUCCAUUGAGGAGGAGGUACGUUUACUCAUGCAGACUCAAAAGAAAGUGGAACCAAAGCGCCGUGCAGAAAUCACUUGGAAGCGCAAAGUUGAAAUAUUGCAGGAGAUUGAGAAGCUUCCAAACAAAAUAUCAAACCGUGAAAUGGCAAUUCAUUUUGGCAUCCCUCGAAACACACUUUUCAAUAUUUUACGAGCAAGAGACAGAAUAAUAGAAGCAUAUAAACGUAAUCCAAACGGGAGAAGAAAAAGAUUAAGGUCCGGUAAAGCUCCUCACGUAGAACACGCAUUAUACCAGUGGUACAAGGGUGCCAAGAAGCAAAAGUUGCCAUUGUCUAACAUUGUGUUAUUUGAAAAAGCGAGAGACCUUGCAAUAUCACAAGGGAGUUACACAUUUAGACCAACCACAGGCUGGUUAGAGAGGUGGAAAAAGAGACACAACAUAACUUUUUCAACAGAUGGAAGUGAAGAUGGUGCCAAUGAAAAUGGAGAUGGUGAUGAGAGUGACAGUGAAAAGCAUAUAGAUACGAGUGAUAUUAAAGAUGAAGAUGACCCAGAUCUCGAUGAUGACCAGGGAUCUGAUCAGGAUGAUGAAACAUGUUCGCCAACAGCUCAGGACAUCAGUAGCCUCUUACAAAUUAGUCUUCAGGAAACAGAUGACUUUGUGCGUCGUUCAGGCAAGGGAAUCAAAAGACAGACGUUGACUUUGCGGCAGAAAUUUGAAAUUGUCAAGGCUGUGGAGAGCCUGCCAAUGAAAUGGAGUUUACGUGAUAUGGCUUCAUUCUUCGAUGUGCCAAAAACCACAAUGCUGCAUAUGAUGAAGAACAGAGACUUGAUUAUUAAAAAUUAUGUCAAUAGUCCAGACAAGGAAAGACGAAGAAAUAAGAAAGGUAAAGCUCCUGACAUUGAGGAUGCAUUAUAUGUCUGGUACCUGAAAGUUAAAGAAAAAAAUUUACCAAUUACUGCAGGCAUUUUAAGAAAGAAAGCCAAAGCAAUAGCCCUAUCCCUAGGGAAGCCAGAGUUCGUACCAACUGAGGGGUGGUUUGCACGCUGGAAGAAACGCAACAAUGUUACCUGUGGUCGCCCCAAACAGUAUGAUGGAACAGAAACUGCAAAUGUUCAUCCCUCUGAGUAUGAUGAUGGUGAUAUGCAGCUCUUCCACACUGCUUAUGAAAAGGAAACUCGAACAUCGCUGUCCCUUAGACAAAAAGUUGAAAUUAUUCACCAGAUGGAAGCAGAACCAAAUGUAAAAUUAAGAGAAUGGGUUGAUAUGUAUAAUGUAUCAAAGUCAACGCUUAGUAUUAUAAAGAAAAAUAAAGACACAAUUCUCAAGGCAUUUUACGGUGAUCCUUCAGCUGAUCGUAAACGUAUGAGAAAAGGAUCUGCAUCAGAAGUAGAAGAAGCUCUCUUUAAAUGGUACAAUGAAGUUAAAGAUCAAAAUGUUUCUUUAUCUGGACCCAUCCUCCGCCAGAAAGCCAAGGAACUUGCUGAUAUGAUGGGAAAAGUAGACUUUAUUCCAACCUCCACUUGGCUUGAUACUUGGAAGAGAAAACAUGGGAUAGGAGAAAACAAGGAAAUCCAACAACAAACAGCAACAAAUGACCAUCAAAAUAACAUUCAAAGUACAAAUGAAAACAAGCCACAGUACCGAUUUCAGUUCAAUCCUGAGCAUCAUAAUGCAAAUAAUAAUUCCAUGGUUGUUAUGCAGAACCCAGCAAUGGUACAAAACACAAUGAAAGCAACCAAUCAGCAAACUAUAAACAACUCAUACCCCAGAGAUAUGUUUGGCUUCCCAGUUCCCCCGGCGACUCAAGAUUCAGUUGCAAAUUAUGAUAGUUUUUUAAGAGGACAGGUCAACCCAGCAGAAACUAUAGUUCCUGGGGGAAGCAAUCUUGCAGGGCCAGGAGGUGGUGGUGUUGGUGGUGCAGGAGGGGGUGGAGGUGGUCAACAGUUCUCUCCAGUUGCAACUAAUAACAAGUUCUUGGGUUCCCAUGUAUAUGGUGCGGACCUUUCUGGAGGCCGAGAUAUGUUUAAUGGGAAUAACAUGAAUCGAGGUGUCAUUGCAAAUUCUAGAGACCACACUGUGCCUGCCCCUGCUCCUGCUCAAGGGAACUAUUCUUCUACUGAAAGACUCUUGCAGCAGUACAAGAUGGACAACCAUCAGCCCUCAAAUUUCCUGCCAACUCCAGAUGUAGUUUCUGAAAGUUCAGCUCGCCGUGCCAUGAUGGAGAUCAGAAGAUACCUCGAACAGUCCCCAUACCCAGUGGACUGGUCAACAGUUCAGCACUUUGAGAUGCUCCUCCACACAAACAUAGCUGCCAGAAGUCAUUUGCCUUUGUAAAUAUUGAAUAUAUGUAAUAAAGGUAUUGGUAAAUGUAAGUGGUUCAUUGGCUGUGUUUUAAACAUAAUGUAAAUAUUAUAUAUGUGAUGUAGAGUUCAAAGAUGAUUAGCCAUAUGAAACUACAGGUUUAUGAUCAUACCUAUAGACAUGGCUAUGGCAUCUGAUACAUUGAACUUGGAGAUAUACAUCAGUUUCUAUUUUUUUUUUCUCUCUCUCUUUUCUUUUUUUUCUAUUCAAGCUUAUGCUUUGGGAUUAUUUUUGCUCGGAGAAAGUAGCAUUCCUUAUUUUUUGUAAUAUGCAUAUUGAGUUUGUACAUGAUGUUAUUAUUGUAAAUAACCAUGAAGUAAACACAUGACA